AUCACCACUGAGAUCCUGAUAAAGGUUGAGCUUGAGAUCCAGGGAUCCAGCCAGGAGCUGGAGAAACAGGGAGACAUGGAACCAAGCAUGGGUGCAGAAAUGCAAGAAAGAGCAGCAGGGACACAGAGCCUGGUCCCUCCCUCACGGAGCCCCUCACAGGGCAGCCAGGCCCUGCUGGACAUGGCCGAUGGCAUCAGUACUGAGAUCCUGAAGAAGGCUGAGCUUGAGAUCCAGGGAUCCAGCCAGGAGCUGGAGGAACAGGGAGACCUGGAAGAAAGCACAGCUGCAGAAUUGUUAACAGUUACAGCAGAGAGUACAGAGAGCCCGGUCUCUGCCCCACUCAGCCCCUGCUCCCCUCCCAGCCCCGUGGCUUCCAGCCUGGAAGUCCUGGUCGCCAGUGAGCCGCAGGACACAGAGGAGAGGUCAGUCCUGUCAGUGCAAGAGACUGAGGAGGGAACCUUGGCAGGGGAGGAGAAAGAGUGGAAAUCAUCCAUUGACCAGGACCUGUCCCAAGGGGAAGAGGUCAGAGACCCACAGCUGUCCCAGUGGGAAGAGGACAUCACCUCUAGUAUCUCUGACAAGGCCUUGGGCCCAGGCAACCAGGAGGACGCCCUGGCUGUUCCCCAGGAGGGGCCCAGCUCUCCCAGCAGCAUGAGCACAGCGUUGGCAGCAGAGGCAGCCCGGGACCUGCCCAGUCCAGCUCCUGCCCCGCUGAGUCCCACGGAGGCCGAGCCAGCAGCUCCUGCCCCAGCUGGAGCUGCCGAGGAGGAGGAGCCCCAGGAGCCUCUGGCUGCUGAGGAGACAAAGGCAGAAGGUUCUCCAAGCGUUGGGGAGCUGGUGCCAUCAGCAGGGACAGAGAGCCCGGUCCCUGCCCCACAGAGCCCCUCAGAGAGCAGCCAGGCCCUGCUGGACACUGACCAGCAAAUCACCCCUGAGAUCCUGAGUGAGGCUGAGCUUGUGAUGCAGGGAUCUGACCAGCAGCUGGAGGAACAGGGAGACCUGGAACAAGCCACGGAUACGGAAACAGUAACAACAUUUACAGCAGAAAGGGAAGGGAGCCUGGUCCCUACCCCACUCAGCCCCUCAGAGGGCAGCCAGGCCCUGCUGGAUACAGACCAGUCCAGCACCAGUGAAUUCCUGAGCAAGGCUAAGCUUAAGGGAUCCGGCCAGGACCGGGAGGAAGACCUGGAACAGACCUGGGAUACUGAAACAGUAUCAACAUUUACAGCAGAAAGGGAAGGGAGCCUGGCCCCACAGAGCCCCUGCUGCACCCCCAGCCCCUCGGCUCCCAGCCUGGAAGCCCAGGCCCUCCGUGAGCAGGAGGAGGGGGCCGUGGUUGGGGAGGGCCAAGACUGGAAAUAUUAUGUUGACCAAGAGAUUUUCCAGUGGGAAGAUGAGGAAGAGCAAGAGCUGUCCCAAGAAAAAAACAAAACCUACCAGCGAGUGUCCCAAGGGGAAGAGCGCAGUGAGCAGGAGCCGUCCCCUGGACCAGUCAGGAGCCACCAGGAACUGUCCGACUGGGACGAAUACAGCGAGGAAGAGGAG